GCCGUGUGCCUUGGUGGACCAAAAAGCUGCUGGAAGCAGUGGAAGGAAGGAAAUGUCAUAGGAGUGUCAGACAACAUUGAAGCACAAAUUUGGGGCGCCUACUUGAAUAUCUGAAGAGGAACUUGUGUCGCGACGAAGUAUAGGCAAUAGUUAUUCCAUGGCAUGUGACCGAACUGGAGUGACAUUCUGUCUGUUCUCCGUUAGAAGUCAACUGGCUAGCGUUAGCUAAAAUACAGAUGAGCAGUCGACUGGUCGAACGAAGCUGCCAGCAACCGAUUCAACCAGACUAGCACGCACGGGGACGUGGAUUUUUAACUUUGACUGAAUUCCAGCGGAUGAGCAAAAGGAUGGCUACCCGUUCAUAGAUUCUGGUGCCCAUGAUCAGAGCUCCGUGUUGUGAUGUGUGACUGCAUGGCGGCCCGGCUGCUUCCCCCAGCGGAGAACUGAAUUCUGGGAGAUUGAGAGGAAGAUGCUGAACUCCGAGAGAGGGGUGGUGGAGGAAUGGCUCUCAGAAUUCAAGACAUUGCCGGAAGCCCAGAUCUCCAGCUACGCCGGCAGCCUCCAUCAGAAGAAGCACCUGGUGCCCGCUCUAUACAGAGUCAUCCAGGACCCACACAACGAGCUGCUGGAGCCGGUGUGCCACCAGCUGUUUGAGCUGUACCGCAGCUCUGAGGAGCGUCUGCGUCGCUUCACGCUGCAGUUCCUGCCCGAGCUGCUGUGGGCCUACCUCAGACUCACCGCCUCCAGAGACCGACACAGCAACGGAUGCAUAGAGGCCCUGCUGCUGGGCAUAUACAACCUGGAGAUUGUGGACAAAGAAGGCAACAGCAAGCUCCUCUCCUUCACCAUCCCCUCUCUGUCCAAACCCUCAGUCUACCACGAGCCCUCAAGUCUGGGAUCCAUGGCGCUGACGGAGGGAGCUCUGAGCCAGCACGACCUCAUCAGAGUGGUGUACAGCGGCCUGCAUCCACAACGAGAAACCUUCACCGCACAGAACAGGUUUGAGGUGCUGUGUUUCCUGAUGCUGUGCUACAACUCUGCUGUAGUCUUCAUGCCCCCCUCCUCCUACCAGGCCGCAUGCAGGAUGAGCUCCAGAUUGUGUGUGUGCGGGUUUCCACGGCAACAGCAGAAGCUUUGGCGGGAGCCGUGUAACCGCGUGCAGCUGGACGCGGACUUCAUGGUGCAGAUGCUGACGGCCGUAUACCACGCCACGUAUAAUGGGGAGUGGGAUCUUGGCAGAGAGGCACUGGAUGACAUCCUCUACCGGUCACAGCUGGAGCUCUACUCAGAACCCCUCCUGCUGGGCAAUGCCAUGAAGCGGUCUCUGCCUGACAACGCUCCGGACGGCUCUCGGGGCCGUAAGGUGCUGGAGGUGGAGGUGACGCCCACAGCCACCCGCAUCUCACGCACCGCCGUCACCGCCGCCUCCAUUAGACGACACCGCUGGAAGAGAGAAGAUGUGGACGGCAUUAGCGGAGGAGAGGAGUCCUUCAACCUGAACGAUCCGGACGAGGGCUUCUCUUCGGGCGCGUCGAACAGCAGCCAGCCCAGCAGCGCCGCCCCAAAGCCCAGCGCCAGCGGCAGCAGUCGGGGCGGCAUCACCCGGGCCAGCAGCGGCAGCCAGAAGAGCAGCGGCGGCGGCGGCGGGGGCAGCUCCAGUGUGAAGAAGAGCGUGAUGAGCCGACUGUCCCGGGACAAGGAGAAAGACAAAGACAAAGACAAGGAGAGGGAAAAGGACAAGGAUAAGGAUAAAGAGCGCGACAUGCCCCCACCACUGCUGCCACCGCUGGAGAAACACAAAGAGCCACCACGAGUGUCUGUAUCGGUGACACCCGAGCCCACCCCACCCCCACGCAGGCACCACCACCACCAACAACAACAACAACAACAGCACCAACACCACCACCACAUCCAGCAGCAGACUCCCCCUCCAUCGCCUUCCCCACCCAUGCCUGUGCCCCAGCGCCCUGCCCGUGCCUCUCCCCCUGCCCGUGCCUCUCCCCCUGCCAAGCCCUCCCCUCCACCCCCACCUUCCCCAUCCCCGUUGGUCCUGGACGAUGUGAUCGAGCUGGACGACAUCGAGCUGAUUCCUAUGCAGCGGGCCCCGAGCCUACCCACUACCGCUACCGGCCCAGACCUGGACCUGGACCAGACCCGCAACCGCACGGCCAGCACCUCUUCCAGUCACUCUCUGGACCCCACGGACACCAGCCUGAACGGGAGCAGCGUCGGGGUUGGGGCCGGGGUGGGGGGAGUUGGCGGGGGUAUCGGGGGCUCCCUAGGCUUGGAAUUGGCAGGCGUGGGCAGGGAUGAAGAUGGGCUGGCUCCUGGAGGUAGCCAUCGUCACUCCACCACAAGCCUGCAGGAGGAGCACUUGGCGAGCCGGCCAGGAGGAGGUGCGGGAGGGAGCCUGGAGCUGCUGCCUCCGCCUGGAGCGCCACUCACCAAGUCGUCACGCUCGCCGAGCUUCAACAUGCAGCUCGUAUCGCAGGACGAAACCUUCUGCAGACCCAAUUCAGCAUUCCAUGUGUCCAGUGUGAGGAAGAGAGAGUGAGGGAAAGAGACAGAUCGAGAGAGAGAGACGCUUUGAGUUGAAAAUGUGCCCAGCCAUUGGAGAGAAAACAAAUGCUGUGGGCAAUAUUGGAUUUAAUAUUUUCCGAAAGAAUUCAGUUACUGUUCAGUCUCUCGUAUAGUCUAUAUUUUGUAAGCAAAUCAGCAAUAAGAGUUAAGCGUUUGUUCAUCUGAGAUAACGAAUCACUGUAGUGUGUCAUGUCUACCUGUUGAUCCUUGGGUGACGUGCAAUCUAUCAACCGCUAUUUUUUGUUUCUUUGUUUGUUUAUUGUUUUCAAUAAUUGUUUUUUGUUUCACCAUUAACAGCUGGACUACGUAGUACAUGUCAGAUCCUUGACAACAGCUUCAGACUAUUUGGAUAUUUUUUUUUUCGUCUUUGAAAUUAGCUUGCAGUCGGAAACCGACGAAUCAGAUCUGAAAUUUUGAUUCAGUUUUAAGUAAUUUAUAAAAGUGUCUUUUUUCACUUCCGAAUUAUAAUUUUUUUAUUGAUUUCACAGUCUUUAAUAUCCUGUAUAGUCACAACUGGAAUUCCUUGAUUUCUGGUCCCUGUGCAAGAGUAUCUGUAAUUGCGAAACGCGAAAUAAGAAGCCAAUGAUUUUUAUGUUAAGUUCUGUGUCGCUAGCAAUAGCUAGCGUGCUGGUGUAAUGGAACACUGGAGUGACUUGGAGCAGCUCGAAAUGGCAGCCAUGCUGCAGCUGUGUCUCUGACCCUCAGAGAAAGAACUUCCGUGGCACUAUUACUUGACUGGACUGAAGUAACCCUAAGACAUACUCUAUGUUAUGCUGUCGUCAUGAAAACAAUAUGCUAACACGGCCUGUCUUGUGCUUCUUGGUUCUGUCAGAGUUGACUGUGUGCCUACGUGUAUGUGUGUAUGCAUGUGUGAACUGAAUACUUGCCUCUGUGUGUGCGAGCACGUGAUCGUUGUUAUUGUUGUGGCGCGAAUGAACUCGUCCUCUUCUGUCAGAUAAAGCAAUCAUCCAGUGUUUGGUGACCAUCUUCACCA